AUGUCCAAAAUGGCUGGCACAAAACGGGCAAGUGAAUCGGUGGAUUCGAAGUCAUCCAAAAAGUUCAAGCCUAUCAAAAACUUACCGGACAAGCGCAAAUCUGCCUCCAACGCAGUAGAAAAUGAGUCUGAAGACUUCGCAGCGUUCGAUGAAGAACCUCAGCACGAUGGACCAAAUAAGCAAGACACCACCCCGAAGAGACAAGGCUCAGGCUCCUAUGGACGAAGCACGCACACAGCGAAGCAAGACACCUUUUUGAACGGGAAUUCGUCAAGAGAAGCCCAUGCUAAGCAAAAGGCGCUCGCUCAAGACCGCAAAGCGGCAAAACCAAACGCCGACUCCAUUGCCCGAAGUAAAAAGAUCUGGGAAAAACUCCGUCGCAAGUCACACGUCCCCAAAGCCGAGCGAGAUCAACUAGUCCAAGAGCUUUUCGAAAUCAUAUCUGGUCGAGUCAAGGACUUUGUGUUCAAGCACGACGCUGUGAGGGUUAUACAAUGUGCACUCAAAUAUGCAACGCCGGCACAGCGCAGGCAAAUUACGCAAGAGCUGAAAGGACACUAUCGUGAACUUGCAGAGAGCAAGUACGCAAAGUUUCUCAUUGCCAAAAUGGUUGUUGGUGACGAUGAGAGUCGCGAUGCCGUUGUGACUGAAUUCUACGGACACGUCAAGCGACUUAUUCGACACCCCGAAGCAAGUUGGAUUCUCGACGACAUCUACCGGACGAUCGCAACGAAGCAGCAGAAGUCGGUUCUUCUGAGGGAAUGGUACGGGGCCGAGUUCGUACUCUUCUCCAAGAACAGCGCGUCGCAACAGGGGGAGGAGGAAGUUACGGCGGAUCUAAGUGAGAUAUUGAAGGCACAUCCCGAGAAACGGGGACCAAUUAUGCAGCAUCUCAAGGAAAUGACGAACCAGCUUGUUCAAAAGAAGACGACAGGAUUUACGAUUCUACAUGAUGCACUAUUGCAAUAUUUCCUGAACGUCAAGCCGGGAAGUCCUGAUCAGACAGAAUUUCUCGAGAUGCUGAGAGACGAUGAAGAUGGUGAUUGCUACAAGAACCUCGCAUUCACACGAUCUGGGUCAAGGCUCGUCUGUUUGGCUCUUGCGUAUGGCAAUUCGAAGGAUCGCAGGACAAUAAUCAAGUUCUUCAAGACACACAUGAAGCUGCUCGCCGGUGACGUUUACGGGCACACAGUCCUGCUCACUGCUUAUGAAGUCAUCGAUGACACGGUGAUGACAGCCAAGGCGAUCUUCCCGGAGCUGCUUUGUAAGGAUCUUGAUACUGAAGCACGAGAGCAGGAGCUCAUGUCGCAAAUCGAGCAUCUCAAUGCGCGGAUACCACUUCUGUACUUGAUGUCGCCGGAACCGCCGAAGUGGUUGAUUCCCAAAGGUACCGACACCGAGAGUAUCAUCAAGGAGGUCAAGGAACUUCGAACUAGCACAUCAAAGAAAGACCCAGAGACUAGACGAGUGGAAUUGCUCAAAGCUAUAUCGCAGCCUUUACUGGACUUUAUAGCUUCGCGGGCGGCGUUCCUUGCUCAGUCAAUGCCGGGGUGCCAAUUCAUCACAGAAGUAUUGUUCGGAGCAGUUGGUGACAAACAAGCGGCCCUCGAUGCUGUUGCUGAUUUCGCGGCCGGUGACGAUACCUCGGAAGAGAACAAGCAGAUCAUCAGUAUGCCAGCGGUCGGACGCAUGCUGAAGUCGCUGGUCCAAGGUGGACGGUUCGAUAAAGCGUCGAACAAGGUUGUCCAAGUUGAUCCACCCUUGAAGUUUGGUGACUCGUUGUUCGAGAGGAUCAAUACCGGCUCAGGAGCCGAAUCUUUGAUUGAUUGGGCCAAUGGGCCGAAUUCCUUCGUUGUGCUGGCGAUGCUUGAAACCGAGGACUUUGGCCACAAGGAUGAACUACUGGGUGUGUUGAAGACGCACGCUUCGUCGCUGAACAAAGACAAUCAGGGUGCAAAGAUCAUUUCCGAGAAGCUCGGAGUUGGGCGCCAUCGGGAUCAAGAUGCCAAAGUCUCCAACAGCAAGAGCAAGACGAAGAAAGAUAGAAAGUCAAAGUAG